AUGCGGAUGCUCUAUAUAUUGGUCGGCAACUGUCGAUUGGUUAUAGCCAUCUCUUUUUUAGUUCUAUUACUCGUCGUGGAUAUGUUGAGGACUAGUUGUUUAUAUUUCUUUGUUAUUGUUUUUGUCAUCCUUUCUCGGAUUUACUUAUGCGAGGCUCGCCAUCUUGCACCCAUGGAGAAGAAGCUUCAUGUGAAUCGCGAUAACUUAAUUGCGAAGAACAACGAAGAGAUUAAAAAGCUAGAAGUCCCGUCGACAAACAACACGAAAACCAUAUCAAGCGAAGCACCGAUCGAACAUGCCGUAGGUGAUCAUGGCGAGAUCAUUGAGAAGAAUACGAAGGACGAUUGCAGAGUAAACCGAGCUUCACUAGUCAAAACAAGUGUGUCGUCAAAAAGAGUCUCAAGAACUUGGAAAGUUCCCAAAUAUUCAAAGAAGCUGCCUAGGUCGGAUCAGGAACAUCCUGGAUUCAAUCUUGAUUAUAUGCAGCCCACUACGCACCCACCUCAUCAUAAUUAACCUUAUAGUGAUCAAGUUUCCAUAUUGUGAUUUAUAUAUAUACAAUAAUUUUAAGUCACACGAGGAAUGUCGUCCACAUUUUAACUCUUUCAAUAUAUGGUCACAAACGACCUAGUUAUAAGCUUAUAACAAAAAAAUAUUAUGUAAAAUUAGUUAGAAAACAGGUUCUUGAUAUUUGUUCAAUACACGCUUUCGCGCGCAUACAUCAAUAACGAUGCACUAUAUAUUAUAUGCGUCUUUACAUGCACUUACAUGUGACCUUUGUUGUUAUUUUUUUGUUUGUUUGUUAAAAUCAUUUGCUGAAUUGUUGUGAUACAAUUCUCAAGUAUUUGCAUUACAAAAAUGUGUGCAUUUUGGUUGUUAACAAAUUGUUAUUAAGGUACCACUAGUCAAAAUGCCUUAUUUCUAUUGAAUUAUACAGUACGUCCGCGUGCACAGUCACUAUUAACGAUGUCCAAAAAGGACGAGAUCCCGCGUUUGGUUCCAAUGCAAUCAGGUUGUCCCAAAUCUACGUAUCAUAAAAGAAUUAAGUUUAAGUUGACUUCAUACAAUUACAACUCAUAAAACAACAAGUUGACAAAAAAACUCAUAAAACAACAAU